CGCCGAGGAUUGGAAGAUGGAUUUACUAGGACAGAGACCUAGACGUCGUUGGGCAUUGUCGGUCGUGAAAUGCGAUUUUGGAAUGUUAGCCGGAGAGCUUCCUGAUGGUUGCUCGAAUGGACGGCGGCUCGGAGGAGUAUACUGUGAUACCCUAAGCGUCCAUACUGCAUACCUAGGUAGGUACUGGUGUUUUCGAAGAAGCUAAGGCAGGCACAUGCUGUCGUGAAAGCAAGCUCCAGUAAUUGCAUGGACCUUGGAAGGCACCCUCAUGGAAGUUCCAAACAACUUUUCGAGCAGCUCUUUCCUUCUCUUACGCAGGCUCGGCAGGCAGCGGAGGUUUCUGGUUAGGGUUAGGAUUUGGUUACCUAUCCCUUGGUACGCUAGGCUGGAAGUUGUGGCGCUCGCUUUGCCAGGCUUGGCACAAGCUUAUCUUGACAGCAAUCAAGAUGGCCUCACCCCUCGUAAUAGUGUCCCGGUCGUUCUUGUUCUUGAGACCGAUGGACAAGUAACUGUGCAGGGUAUAUGGCCGAAAAUUAGUAUAUAUUCAAGGCUUGGCGGAUUGGGAGCAGGACCGAAUACAACUGACGACACUCUACACCGACGCAUCAACCAGGAAGCCAAGCGAACGAUAAGGCCCUUUGCCAUUAGCUUGCAUUCCCCGGGGGGGGGCCAACCCUCAAAGUUCUAGAAUCUAGACCGUCCGGCCUCACUGCUACUACUAGUCCUAUCAGUAGUAGUAAGCUCGGUAAGGUAGUGUAUAGCACACGCCGAAUCAGAGACGCGCGG